CAGACACUUCUCGAAGCCUUGGUAACCAAAACAAGAAAAGAUUUAAGGAACAUGAUUCAACUACAGCCAGGUCGUAAUGUACUCAUGAUAUCAUACCAAGGUUAGUUAUAAACGAGGUUACCCCACAUGGAUCUGUCAGCAACAAGACGCCUCAUCACGACAACCGCAGUAUAAGAACAACAGUCUCCCGCUCCGAGAUCAGGGUAUGACAGCAGUAUAUCUUCAUCCCUGAUACACCACAUUACUCAGAAGUACUCUCUUCAUAGCCAGAAAUGUCUCAACCAACUCAACGUCAUGCCUGGCGUCGAACAGACGAUUAUACAAAAGGCACCCCCAAAGUGAAACUUGUAACAGAAGAUCUUCCUCUCCCUCUCCAUCCAACAGCCGUUCUCAUCAAAGUGCACGCAGUUGCUCUCAACUAUCGCGAUGCCAACAUAGCCAAUGGCGGUAACCCAUGGCCUGUUACUCCCAAUGGUAUUCCUGGCAAUGAUGCCGCCGGUGAGAUCGUUUCAGUCGGGAAUAGAGUCUCGCUCGUCAAGGUUGGCGAUCGUGUUGCUCCGAUCACGGACUCAGAAUUUGUUAAUGCUCGCUCGACGGGAAGGUCUUGGCUCGCGGCCAAUGAGGAUGGCAUCUUGGCCACUUACAUUAUCUUUGAUGAGAAGUUGGUCACAAAAUUACCUGAGCAUCUUGAUUGGGUUCAGGCUUCGAUCAUUCCGUGUGCUGGAACGACCGCUUGGUCUGCUCUCAAGGGCGCUAAUAUCGGACAAACAGUUUUGAUCCAAGGCACUGGCGGCGUUUCCACUUUUGCUCUCAAGCUGGCUCGCGCUUCAGGUCUUCGGGUCAUCCUUACUUCCUCAAGUGAUGAGAAGUUAGAACAAAUCAAGAAGCAAUUCGGAAAGCCAGAGAUCCAAACCGUCAACUACAAGACCCACUCAGAAUGGCACAAGGAAGUUCUCCGUCUAACAAAUGGUGUCGGCGUUGAUCUCGUCGUCGAGAACGGUGGCAGCAGUUCUCUCGUUCGGUCCAUGGAGUGCACUCGACGUGGAGGCAUUGUCAGCCAAGUUGGUUAUCUGGGCGGCCCUAAACCUGAGCAUUUAAAGGAGUUUGUUUCCACUAUCAUCGAUCGACGACUGAACGUUCGCGGUAUCAACGCGGGGUCUAAGGAUGAUCAGGAUGAACUUAUGGCUGCCAUCUCUGCGACACAGAUGACUUUCGAGGAUAUUCUUGACUCGACUUGGUCUUUCGAUAAAGCAGAGGAGGCAAUCGAGUAUGUUUGGCAAGGCAAGCAGGUCGGAAAGGUUGUCAUCAAACUUGAUGACUAGACAAUGAUUAAUUGUAGUUCAUUGAAGCCAAAAGUUAAGCAUUGUCGGAGAGUCGACAAACCUAAGUAAUUAGUCAUAGCAAGAGGAAGAGACAUUAUUCGAGUUUCAUGAAUCAGUUAUACAUGGCAAGUAACUACAAUGGGCAUGAUAGAUGCUCCAAAUCGAUUCAUAUUGAGAUAGUUAGACAACCUGUUAGUUGAUCAAAAAGGACAAAUACAAAAGGCCAACUUACCCC